AUGGUCCGCAUCGCUGUGUCUCUCAUCACCCUUGGCCUCGCCACUCUUAUUUCCGCUCAAGGCACAGGCACCCAGUUCAUCACUGGUGCCUGCACCUCUGACGCGGACUGCGCAUCUGGAUGUUGUGGUUUCCAGUCCGGCAAGUGCGCUGGUGCCGUUGUGGCACUGGAACGCGAUGGAGGCUGUGGCUUCGGGGACGCCCAGUCUAACGAUAACGCUGCGAGGCAACUAGGCUUCACAGGAGCCUUCACCCCAAGCAGUGGGAGCGGCAACGGUAAUGCGCAGGCUAAUGGCAGCGGCAAUGCAAACGCGGGCAGCACCGGCGCCGCUUCAGCGGGCGCUGCUCAGAACUCCAACCCUCCGGCUGGGAUGGGUAACGGCAAUGGUGCCAACAACGGCGCUGCCAACAGCGGUGCCGCGAACAAUGGCGCUGCGGCUAGCAAUAGUGGUGCUGGUGCUGGUGCGGGUGCUGGCGGUGCUGCUGCUGCCGCCGGUAGCAAUGGCGCCGGCUCGCAAUUCAUCACUGGUCCAUGUUCCGGAGACGCGGACUGUGCUUCGGGCUGCUGCGGCUUCAACUCGGGCAAGUGCGCCGGGCCGGUUGUUGCUCAGGAGCGCGAUGGUGGCUGUGGCUUCGGCAGUGGUCAGCCCAACGACAACGCGGCACAGGCUUUCCGCGCUGGCCAGAGGCGGGGCCUGGAAUACCAAUGGGAGUAG